CCGCACAUUUGUAAGUUUUAUAAUUGCGAUUUUUUAAACUCAUUAAUCAACUAACGCUGUUCAUCAUCGCAAGUCGAACGGAAUAGGUUGAUACCGUCUCCUGACAAGAUGUUACGUUUUCUACUCUUGGUUUCACUUGCACUGUGUGUUACAGCUGCUCCAACAAUUUUCCAAUACAAAAGGCAAUUGGUGCCGAUGCUGGAUAGACGUAUAGUUGGUGGAAAUGAUACCACAAUCGAACAAUUGCCAUGGCAAAUAUCGAUGACCAAUUUCGGAAGUCAUAGAUGCGGUGGAUCGAUUUUGUCGACAACGAAAGUCAUUACAGCUGCUCAUUGUGUUCGUGGAGUAAUGACUCAAUUUGUCGCUGUUCGAGCUGGAUCGACAUUCAGAACGAGUGGCGGUGUACAAGUUCCAGUCAGUCGAAUUAUCGAACAUGAAGACUAUAAUGUACCGAUCUACUUCGACCAUGAUGUUGCACUAAUGUUUUUGGAAAGUGCUCUCACAUUCGCACCAGGAAUUCAAGCAAUCGCUUUACCAGCUCAGGGAUUCGUAGUAGCACAUGGAACCGAUGCACAGACAUCCGGUUGGGGAGCAUUGUCUCAAGGAGGAUCACCGCCAGAAAUUUUGCAAGUCGUCACUGUACCGAUUGUCAGCAACGACAUUUGCGGUGAAGCAUACGAACAGUUGAAUCCCAUUACCGAUGGUAUGAUUUGCGCUGGCUUAUUGGAAGAAGGUGGACGUGACGCCUGUCAAGGAGACUCCGGUGGGCCACUCGUUGUUGGCAACGUGUUACAUGGUGUUGUAUCAUGGGGCUACGGAUGCGCUGUACCCGGAUUCCCAGGAGUCUAUGCUAGAACAGCUUUCUACAGAAAUUGGAUCGACAGUUGGGACUUUUAGUUUAUGUAACGACAUUAUUACAAUCACUGAUGCUGAUCAAACUAAUAAAGUCGCAAAGUGAAUUAUUGCUUUUUA